AUGGGUUUGGAGAUGAGUAGUACUGCCGCCAAUAAAGAUGAGGACCAAAGAAAAGAUUUGCUAAUUGAUAUCACUGAAGAAAUCUUAUCAGAUCUUGAGCCUGCUCUUGAGUGUUAUAUUUGCAGGGUUCCUAAAAGCAUUCGCCGAAUAAAUGAAGAAGCCUACACUCCUCAAUUAGUUUCAAUAGGUCCUCUUCAUCAUGGUAAAGAAGAAUUAGCUUUCAUGGAAAGACAGAAAAUAAGGUAUAUGGAAAGUUUUCUCAAGCGAAUAACAGUUGAGAAAUGUGACGAACUUUUAAGCUUCAUAGAAAACAACGAACAACGAAUUCGUAAUUGUUAUGCAGAGAUCAUUAAAAUGGAGAGCGAUGCAUUUAUAACCAUGAUUCAACAUGAUGCUAUCUUCAUCCUCGAGCUUUUUCUAAGGAGUUACCAUAACGAUAGAAGUGACAAUUUUUUGUUAAAGAUACCAACAACAAGGUUUGCCCUAAAGAUGGAUUUGCAGCUACUAGAAAAUCAACUUCCAUUCUUUGUCUUCGAGGAAUUAUACAAUUUAGCUUUCGAAACUCCUAUCUUUAGGGAUCUUUCUCAUAAAUUCUUAUGUUUAUCCAAUACCUUACCCGCUGAGAUGGUGGUUAAACAUUUCACCGAUUUGAGAAGAAGUACUCUCUUCAGAAAUUUCCUGCGGAGAAAGGAGUUGGAGCAGAUUUGUCUUGUGCAGUAA